UCUGCACUCUGCAGUAAGUUGGUAGUUUUCUGCAGAACCUUCUAUCUGUAUGUUGACAGUUUAGAAUUACGUGUACAAAUUACAAGACAAUCACUUUGGUUUCUGCUGUGAUCUGAAUCCUUGUGAAAUCAUUUUUGGCUGGUGUAUUAGAAGAUAAUUAAUUUGCCCAAGGGCCAAGUGGUAUCGUCUUUGCCGUUUGAUGUGAAAGGGUUGCUGAACGACAGUGAGCGUGCUUGUUGAGUCGUGUCCCCUUUACAUCUUCCACACUAGUCUCGGGGCCUGUUUAGUCCACUGGGCUCUGUGGGUCGAAUUAAUUGUCAUUCCUGGUUGUGUGGUUGGAGGAAUCCUUGUGCCAUGGCCUAUCAGCUGUACCGUACGACGACCCUGGGCAGCACCCUGCAGGAGAGUCUCGACGAAAUGAUCCAGUCGGGCCAGAUCACGCCCAGCCUGGCGCUGAAGGUGCUGCAGCAGUUCGACAAGGUGAUCAACACGGCGCUGGAGUCGCGCGUCAAGUCGCGGCUCAACUUCAAGGCGGGCCACCUGGAGACCUACCGCUUCUGCGACAACGUCUGGACCUUCAUCCUGCGCGACGUGGAGUUCAAGGACAACCCCGGCCACGGGCACAGCGACCCCGUCAAGGUCGACAAAGUCAAGAUUGUCGCCUGCGACGGCAAGGGGGCUGCUGCGGCCGCUGCGGGAACGGCGGGAGGCAGUGCCGCCUCGUGAGCGCCUCCACGCAGACACAGCAGCCAGCAGUCUCCCUCGUGGAGUCCGCUGCACUCUCCAGAGGCAGAUGCCCACUGGAUCACCUCCUUCGCAAUCCCUGCAUCCAUUCCCAACUUCCCAUUGAUUGUCCUGGGUUCCUGUCUGGUCUGGCCGAUCCAUUUAUCAACUACCGAUCCGACGCAGAUGAUUUAUUGCCCUAACGAAUUGUAUAAUUAUCCUGACUGCACCGUGGUGCGCCUUUGCUGUCUGUUUAUUAUCUCUCUCUCCUGCUUUCCCCCGUUUUCUCCAGGUGGCCUUCCGCUGCUCUCCAGUCUUGGUAUAUUGUAUGUAUUUGACGCUGCCUAUCAGCUGCACCGUUAUUAGCAAUACUGUUAUUACUGUAAGUACUGUACUUGUUGUGCGAAGCUCGCGCCUGUUUUGUUCUAGUAAGCGCGCUCUUUUCUUGUUUAUGUGCAGUGAAUCCCUAACGAAUACUGCUGAGGAUUUUUUCUAGUGUGAUUUGUAACUAUGAUUUCCGCAAUAAUUCGACAUUCGUAAUCUCAUCUGGCUUCGUAACCAUGUCGGUGAGAUGUGGUGAAAAUAAUAAAGUAAUUCAGCGGAGCGCGCGCAGGCUUUGAAACGA